CAGUCCGCUGAGCUCGCCCUGCUCUGGAGUUCAUUCGACUUCUGGGUCUAGUCAUACUGACCACCCUUUUCCUGUGAAGAUGUUCCUGGUGGGCCUGACAGGAGGGAUCGCCUCGGGCAAGAGCUCAGUGAUCCAGGUGUUCCAGCAGCUGGGGUGCGCGGUGAUCGACGUCGACGUCAUUGCCCGGCACGUCGUCCAGCCAGGAUACCCUGCCCACCGGCGCAUUGUGGAGGCCUUUGGCACUGAGGUCUUGCUGGAGAAUGGUGACAUCAAUCGCAAGGUUCUGGGAGACCUGAUCUUUAAUCAGCCUGAUCGGCGGCAUCUGCUCAACACCAUCACCCACCCUGAGAUCCGCAAGGAAAUGAUGAAGGAGACUUUCAAGUACUUCCUCCGGGGAUACCGCUAUGUGAUUCUGGAUAUCCCCCUGCUGUUUGAGACCAAGAAACUGCUCAAGUACAUGAAGCACACAGUGGUGGUAUACUGUGACCGAGACACACAGCUGACACGGCUGAUGCGGCGGAACAACCUGAACCGCGAGGAUGCAGAGGCCCGGAUUAAUGCCCAGCUGCCCUUGAAGGACAAGGCUCGCAUGGCCCGCCAUGUUCUAGACAACUCGGGGGAGUGGAGCAUCACCAAACGUCAAGUCAUCCUCCUGCACUCUGAGUUGGAGCGCUCCCUGGAGUACCUGCCGCUGAGGCUCGGGGUCCUCACAGGUCUGGCUGGCAUUGCCAGCCUCCUCUACCUGCUCACCCGCUACCUCCUGCCUUCCCCCUAGUGGGCACUCAAGGCAGGAAGCCCCAGGCCUCUAUCUCCUCAGAGGCUGAAGCUAGGUAAUGAACACAUUCUGUUUCCUCCCAACCCCCUCGUGUCCCUCCCUCUCUUUCUGUCCCUCCCUCCCUCUCUCAAUCUGGGCUAGAGCCCUGCACUGGGCUGACCCUUAUUUGGGGUGCAUCCUGAGGCAGAGAAAUAGUCCUCUGUCAGUAGAUACUCCCUCCCACCAUCCUCAGGGCCCCUUCCUCUGGAACUACCUGUAGAACCAUGUCCGUGAUGGGUUCUGUAAGCAGCAGGAGGAGACUGUUACACAUAUCCCGGGGGUGGAGGUGAGGAACACUGUUCUGUGGCCCUCACCAGUGUUUAAAGCUGGGAGGUUCCCUGGGCUUGGACUCUCUCUGAGCACAUGCCCCAUCAUGGCCAAAACCUCCUUCAUGGACCAUGGCAAAUGACUUUGGACCCGUGGGUAAUGCAGUAGCCGGCAGAGGCCGGGCCUCCUCUGGGAUGACUCACCGUCCCACAUUGGCAUUUCUCCAGUACUCCCCUCGCCCUGCUCACCGCGUCCCACCACUCUGCCUUCCAUUCCAUGUGCCCCCAGCCCUGAACUCUUGGUAGUGCACGUGCACCAGCCUGUUUCUCGCCUCUGUGCCUUCACUGUGCUGUUCUCUGACCUAGUAUACUUUUUUUCCCCCCUCUAUAACUGACUGUCUCCCAGCCUAGGCACUGUCUGAAGCCCCAGGCUGAGUUAGGUGCUCUGGGAUGCCACCAGCCCCAUGCUUUACCUGCAUCCACAGUAAUCAGCCCGAAGCUGGUUGGUUUCCCCUACUUAGACUCUAAGUCCUUUGAUGGCAGGGACUGUCUUAUUCAUCUCCAUGUCGGCUGGUGCACAGCCUGCCUUGUGUUGGUGCUUAAUAAAGUGUGUUGACCUGAAA